GGUUUCGCUUCCGGGCGAAGCCCAUCGCCAGAUUUUUCAGAGCCGAUCGCCGGUCAUCGUUAACAACAGUAGAACCGGGCACCGAUGCUCCGUGCAGGAAGGAUGGAGGAGUUUAUAACGGAGGAAGAGGAACCAUGGUACGAUCAACGGGAUCUCGAGCAGGACCUGCACCUGGCAGCAGAGCUGGGGAAGACCCUGCUGGAGAGGAACAAGGAUCUGGAAGAUUCCCUGCAGCAGAUGUACAUCACCAACGAGGACCAGGUGCAGGAGAUCGAGUACAUGUCCAAGCAGCUGGAGAUGCUGAGGGAGAUGAACGAGCAGCAUGCUAAAGUGUACGAGCAGCUGGACGUGACUGCCAGGGAGCUGGAGAUCACCAACGAGAAGCUGGUGCUGGAGAGCAAGACCUCUCAGCAGAAGAUCGACAGGUUGACAGGCACCAUGGAGACGCUGCACAGCCAGGUGGAGACUCUGACAGCCAGAGUGGAGGAGCUUAGGACCCUGGAGGAGCUGCGGGUUCGCAGAGAGAAGAGAGAGAGGAGGAAGACUGUACACUCCUUCCCCUGCAUCAAAGAGCUCUGCACCGCACCCCGAUACGAGGAUGGCUUCCUAUUGGCCAACCCGGGCAGCGUGGACCUGGCGUCCUCAGACCGCCGCCCCCUGGACGAGGAGAACGACCGCCUGAGGGGCGUGGUCUCCUCGCUGCGCGCCACCAUGGCGUUGGAGCGCGGGCGGCGCGAGGGGGCGGAGCGGGAGUGCUCGGCGGUCCUGCAGGAGUUUGAGCGUCUGGAACAGCGCCUCCUGGGGGCCGAGGGAUGCCAGCUACGCGUGCAGGAGCUGGAGGCGGAGCUAGAGGAGAUGCAGCAGCUGCGCAAGUCCCGCCUCUGUCUCUUGGAGGGGGAGGGGCUGGAGCAGACGUUGCUGAGCAACGCCCCGGAAACCGACACUCCCGAGGAGGAGGGGGGGGGAGGGGAGGCGGGGGAGGGGGGAGGCCAGGGGGGGGGAGGAGGGCAGGUGAGGAAGAGUUGCAGCGACACUGCCCUCAACGCCAUCUCGGCGCGGGACGCGUCGGGGCGGAGGCAGGGCAGCUAUGCGCUCCACGCCAACGGCGUCCGUAAGCGCGGGAUGUCCAUCCUGAGGGAGGUGGACGAGCAGUACCACGCCCUGCUGGAGAAGUACGAGGAGCUCCUGGGGAAGUGCCGUCGUCACGAGGAGAGCCUGUGUCACGCCGGCGUCCAGACCUCCAGGCCCGUGUCCAGGGACCCCUCCAUGAGAGAGUGCAUCAUGCCCAGCGCGGGGCCCUCUCCUGGGUCUCUGGGAGCCACCGGAGGACCCCCCACCCCGCCCCAGACACCCUCCACUCCUGAGGCCCUGGAGGGCAUCAGCAGACAGGUGGAGCAGGUGGACAAGAGGCUGGGCCAGAACGCACCAGAGUACAAGGCCCUGUUCAAGGAGAUCUUCUCCCGGCUGCAGAAGACCAAGAGAGACAUCAACUCCAGCAAAGGAAGGAAGGCCAGCAAGAAGGAGGAUCAGGGGAGAGAUCACAGGAAGACCAGCAAGUAAACUGAUCUCUCGCUCUCUCCAGGAUGAACACGAAGGAGAGGUAGACACACAAGCCAAUCAAAGACCAGGAACAUCUCCCCCUAGCUGGCCUCCCUCCACACACAGCAUAUUUUAAAGUGCUCUUUUAACACCAGGCGUGUUCACUUUAGUCGUCGAGUGUUUAUAUGCUUAGGUCCACGCUCAUGAGGUGAAUCCAGAGAACGGCUCCUGGUGUUAAAAUAGCACUAUGCUGUGCAGUCCCCCGGCUCAACAGAGUGAUCGCGCCUAGUGGUGUGACAUCACUUCCUGUCUGUGGCUGCAAGCACUGAAAGCCAGGUGGAGGGAGGAAGGAAGGA